AUGGCGGACGAGAAGGCACCCCUAGAACCACCUCCGUCGUACGACGAUGCAGCACAGCCAACGCAGAACGCCAGUGGCCCGCCAGGUCCGCCCCGACCAAGGUUACCAUUGCCUCUGGAGCUGCCAGCGUUGAACAUGAUCAGAGGGAAGAGGGUCAUACUAGCCUCUGCAUCUCCUCGAAGAAGGCAGCUACUCGCGCAGAUUGGCCUUACAGACCUCGAGAUUAUACCUUCCACCGUUCCAGAAGACAAGAGCAAGUCGCUGGCACCCUUCGAGUAUGUCCUCGAGACGGCGCAGCAGAAAGCCUUGAAUGUAUACGAAGCGCAGAUCGAUUCACCGAAAGGCGAGCCCGCGUUAGUCCUGGCAGCCGAUACGGUCGUGAGCACGAGCAUGGGACAGAUUCUGGAGAAGCCGAGAAAUGAGAAGGAACAUAUGGCUAUGCUCAAGCUGCUUCGUGACGGUAAUGGCGGUUGGCACAAAGUCUACACUGCGGUUGUUGCCGUGGUGCCGCUGGAGUCGGCGAUGGACCCUGGAUAUGCCACUGAGACGCACGUGGAAGAGACGGACGUCAAGUUCGACUCGAGCGUGACGGACGAGCUGUUACUGUCGUAUGUGCGGACCAGAGAGGGUGCGGAUAAGGCUGGCGGAUAUGGCAUUCAAGGUGUCGGGUCGAUCUUAGUUGAGAAGAUCGAUGGGACCUUCGACAAUGUUGUUGGUCUGCCGAUGAGGGCGACACUGCAGGUCAUUGAGAAGGUGCUAGUGUCGCCUGAUGUGCCUGAGAUGGUCGAUCGGGUGCUUUAA